AUGGGUGCUGUAAUUUCUCUGCCUGUGAGUAUGGCUGGAUCAUUUGUGGCGUCCUGUUUUGGAGGCUGCUGCUCUAAUUUAGUCUCAAAAACUGCGUCGUCAUUAGGAUCUUCCUCCCUGGGGACAAGACUUUUAUAUGCCGUUUGGCUUCUAGUGAACUCAUUGAUAUCGUGGAUAUCGUACUCUGCGAACAAAUCUAUACUCUGGCCGGGCAAGACAUGUACUGGUACUGGAGAAUGUGGGUUUUUCACUGUCCAUAGGUUAAAUUUUGCGUUAGGAUGCUUACAUUUGAUACUAGCGUCUGCUUUAACGGGUGUGAAGUCAACUAACGAUGUGAGGGCAGCAUUCCAAAAUUCAUGGUGGAGCUUAAAAUUUAUAUUGUAUUUAUGCCUCAUUGUUCUAUCGUUUGUUAUCCCAAAUGAUUUUUAUAUUUUUUUUUCCAAAUGGGUAUCGGUUCCUAGUGGGGCAAUUUUCAUCCUAGUUGGGCUUAUAUUAUUAGUAGACUUUGCUCAUGAAUGGGCCGAAACGUGUAUUAGUCACGUUGAGUCAGAAGACGAAGAUUCUUCAUUUUGGCAACGAUUUUUGGUUCUGGGAACAACUUCUAUGUACACUGCAUCGAUUAUAAUGACUGUGGUCAUGUACAUCAUGUUCUGCCACCAACAGUGCAAUAUGAAUCAAACAGCGGUAACUGUAAACUUAAUUUUAACUGUUUUAACGCUUGUCCUAUCUGUGAAUCCUAAGAUUCAAGAAGCUAACCCUAAAAGCGGGUUGGCUCAAAGCAGUAUGGUGUCUGUUUACUGUACCUACUUGACAAUGAGUGCCAUGUCUUCUGAACCAGAUGACAAGAUGUGUAACCCGUUAGUUAGAUCCAGCGGAACCCGUAAGUUUAGUAUUAUUCUGGGCUCGUUAUUUACUUUUGUUGCGAUCGCCUAUACAACAACAAGAGCUGCUGCUAAUAGUGCUUUCCAAGGUACCAAUACCAAUGGCGCAAUAUAUCUCGGGGAUGAUAUCGAAUACGAAGGGCUAGGCGGACAGACAAGAAACCAAUUGAGAUAUGAGGCUAUCAAGCAAGCCGUAGAGGAAGGAUCUUUACCAGAGAGUGCCCUAUAUGACACAACUUGGUUGGGAACACCUUCUUUGACUGAUGGUGCUACAGAGAACCAAAAUGAUGAUGAAAGAACCGGGACCAAGUACAACUACACUUUGUUCCAUAUUAUAUUCUUUUUGGCCACGCAGUGGAUUGCAAUUUUGUUAACAAUCAAUGUGACUCAGGAUGAUGUAGGAGAUUUUAUACCGGUCGGAAGAACAUACUUUUAUUCUUGGGUCAAAAUCGUUAGUGCAUGGAUAUGUUAUGCGCUUUACGGCUGGACAGUAGUAGCGCCAGCGAUUAUGCCCGACAGGUUUGAUUAUGAGAACUAUUACUAA